CGCCGCCGCCCGCGCAAGCUCCGCCGCGGGGGAGCCCACCCUCCGCCGGCGGAUCCGGCCCCGCCCCCAGCACCCCCCCCCCCGCGCAAGCUCCGCCGCGGGGGAGCGCCCGCGCCAAGCCGGCAAGGGCAACCGAGCCCUUAACCUUGAAAGGCCCGCCUGGUUAAAACCCCGUCCUCCAUAGCAGGCAGCUGCAGGUGCCAUCCUGCCAUGAUGGCCAUGGUGUCCGCCCUUGCGCUCCUCCUCGCACCCCGGCCUGUCUCCACGAGGCCCACCUCGCCUCAUCUCCACUCCCGCCGCCUCGCUCUUCCUCCCCGACCCGCCACCCUCUCCGCCCAAGCCGCCACCCACCCGCGCAGGGCCGGGCGUCUCCAGCAACUCCAUGCUGCCUCCUGUUGCAACAAUUCCGCUCCGGCCGCAGGAACCAGUGGAGGAAGCGCUACCGGCGCGAAGGAUUGGCGGUUCUACUUGGCAUGGUAUUUGAUGUCUCUUGAUAAGAAUCCGAUUGCAACUAAGGCGGUCACUUCUGCUGUGCUAACUCUGGCCGGGGACCUCAUCUGCCAGCUUGUGAUUGAUCGAGUUCCAGAGCUUGAUUUAAGGAGAAUAUUUGUGUUCACAUUUUUGGGGCUUGCCCUUGUGGGGCCAACUUUACAUGUCUGGUACCUUUAUUUGAGUAAAUUAGUGACAAUCAGCGGAGCAUCAGGUGCCAUUGCUCGCCUUAUACUUGAUCAGUUCAUUUUCUCUCCCAUUUUCAUCGGCAUUUUUAUGAGCUUACUAGUCACCUUGGAGGGAAAGUCUUCUCUUGUAGUGCCAAAGCUUAAGCAGGAGUGGUUAUCAUCAGUGUUGGCAAAUUGGCAAUUAUGGAUACCGUUUCAGUUUCUGAAUUUUUACUUUGUUCCUCAGAAGUUUCAGGUGCUUGCUGCUAAUUUUGUAGCCCUUGCAUGGAAUGUGAUUUUGUCAUUUAAGGCUCACAAGGAGGUUAUUGCGAAAUAGCAGGAUUCGGAAACUGGAGUGACAGGAGGCAUUUCUGAAGAUGAUGGUCCUAUGGGCACAGAAGAAGUUUCCCCUGUCCUUUUGGCCGCGUUGCAUUCAUUCAAAGAAACUUUGAUUGAUGAUGACAAGGUGAAUUUUAUGGAGAUGGAUGCCUUCUUACUUGAUGAUGAGAACAACUCUCUUGUGAAGAGAAUCACUACUUUAGAGUCAGGAUUAGCGACUGCAAGAGACAGUGUCUUGAGAUUAGGUGGUGACUCUGAUAACAGGAAAGAAAUGGAAAGAAGGAGCUGGUGGCAAACGUGGACGGCAAGCCUUGGAAGAGCUUGUUCCCAAUUCUUCACUAGUUGAUUUGACAAAGGCACUCUCAGAAAAGAGAGAAAUUAAGAGAGAUUGUUUCUUGAUGAACUCAAGAAAUAGUAGGUGUAGAAUGUUACGAUAUAUGAUCAGUUGAUCAUUAGGAGUAGUAUAAUCACAGACGUUGAUUACGGCGGUUGCCUAAUCAAUGGUCACGAUCUUCUUUGAACAGACAUCUCCUCCACCCCUUCAUACAUGUAUAAAUAACAGUGAUCAAUGAAUAAAGAUUGACUUUUUGCCUCACAA